AUGGCUCCUUCUUCCCAGCUGAGAAAGAGGACGCGCAGUGCUUUGGACUUGGACUCUGUCCUACAAGAGACUCCCAGCAAAAGACUUCGUCGAUGCCGGCUGGUGGACACCUCAUUCAACGAUGAGAACCAAGACCCCGAUUUUGAUGUCACUGGAAACGAUGAGAACGACGAGGCUGAAGGCGAGCUCAAGGAGCUGCCAGCACCGAGGCAUCGGCGCCUGUCCCAGACCCCGUCAAAACCCAACCCCGUGACACCCUCCACUCCUCGGCACCGAGAUGCAUUUGGCUCUUAUCCCAGCACUCCUCGACAUGCCGUCAUGUCGGCGGGCAAGCUGUUCAAGCGAAUGACACCCCAGACACCGCUCACGCCCACCACUAUCCAGACCGUGUACCAUCAGGCUCGACAACUAUUUGCCAGAGGGGCUGAGCCUGGCCAGCUGGUAGGGAGGGAAGCUGAGCGGGAGCAGUUGACGGCAUUCCUGGAUCGUCUUUCGACAUCAUCUCCCGGAGGAUGCAUCUAUAUCAGCGGGCCCCCCGGUACCGGAAAGAGCGCCAUGAUCACCAACAUGACAAAGACGUAUUCCGAGAAGGAUGGAGUUCGCAGUGCAUACGUCAACUGCAUGAGCAUCAAGUCGUCAAAGGAUCUUUAUCACACACUACUUGCUGCUCUCGAUGAAGACAGCAGCGAUCUGACAGAAGCAGAGGCUAUCUCAACCCUGCAGAAAAUGUUCUCUUCCAAGACCAAGUCAUCAACCACCUAUCUCGUCACCCUUGAUGAGAUUGAUCACAUUCUUACAUUGGAUCUGGAAAGCUUGUACCGGGUGUUUGAAUGGUCUCUGGCAAAGUCCUCCAGGCUUAUGCUCCUUGGUAUCGCCAAUGCUCUGGAUCUUACAGACCGAUUUCUGCCACGACUGAAAUCGAAGAAUCUUAAGCCGGAGCUACUUCCCUUCCUACCAUACACCGCGGCCCAGGUCAAGAACAUCAUUAUCACUCGAUUGAAAUCACUGAUGCCUGAGGGAAAGGAAGCCUAUGUCCCGUUCAUUCACCCCGCUGCCAUCGAGCUCUGUUCUCGCAAGGUUUCAAGCCAGACUGGAGAUUUACGCAAAGCAUUUGAGAUAUGUCGUCGAGCUCUGGAUCUAGUCGAAGCCGAGACCAGAUCAAAGCACGAGGAGGCAGCACGGGAAAAGUUUCUGCAAUUGACACCUACCAAGAAGCCUCUUGGAGAGAACAUCAGCAACGGUAACUCGACGGGCGGGACUAGCCGCAGUGUGUACUCGAUUACGACGGCUUCUCUCAAGGCAUUGACCGCAGAGACUGCUCCACGAGCUUCAAUUGGCCACCUAAACAAGGUCACUGCUGCAGCCUUCAGCAAUGGAACUGCCCAGCGUCUCAAGGCCCUCAACCUUCAGCAGAAGGCCGCCUUGUGUUCAUUGGUGGCCUAUGAGAACCAUAUUCGAACGAUGGUCAAGGCGCCUAGUGCGCCUCUUACCCCCAGCAAGACGCAGACGCUGGCACCCACGAUCAAGGUGCUUUUUGACAAGUACUGCAAGCUGUGCCUUCGUGAUUCGGUGCUUCAUCCCUUGUCGAGCUCCGAGUUCCGUGAAGUGGUGGGCAGCCUUGAGACCCUCGGGCUUGUCAAUGCAGUGGAAGGAAAGACGGGCAGCUUCGUAACGCCACAGACACCCAGCAAACGAGGUCGAAAAGUGGCGGCUGCCAGUGGUGAUGAAAGGCGAAUUGCCAGUUGCGUCGGAGACAAGGAGAUUGAGACGAUAGCCGAGGGAGUUGGUGCCGACAUUUUGAGGAGCAUUCUGUCAGGCGAGGCGUUGGAUUAA